AUCCUGAUCACGUGAUCAUAUGCACACAGGUAAACGGCGCAGUGUUCGACUGUUCGUGAGCUAAGCUUAAGGAGAUGAGCUGGAGAAACAGCUCAUUGACAGAUGUGGAUCAUUAUCUCUACCAGUUCCGCCUCAUUAUAAUAGGAGAAUCCACCGUAGGCAAGUCGUGUCUACUCAGACGCUUCACUCAGGGGAGAUGGAUAGAGCAUAACGACCCGACAGUGGGCGUAGACUUUCACACGAAAAUGGUACAAGUUGAUGGUCACAAUUUGAAGCUGCAGCUGUGGGACACAGCAGGGCAGGAGCGUUUCAGAGCCAUCACUCGUUCCUACUUUCGCAAUGCCGUCGGGGCUCUGCUAGUAUUUGAUAUAUCAGAUCAAAACUCCUUUGCUAAAGUCAGCGGAUGGAUGGAGGAUGUCAGACAAUCCUCAAAACCACAUGAGCCAGUCUUCCUUCUAGUGGGCAACAAGGCAGACUUGGACAGACAGAGACAAGUACUUAGAGUUGAUGCUGAAAGACUUGCAAAUUCCUUUAAAAUCGAUUACAUCGAGACCUCGUCUCGUACCGGACAAAAUGUAGAAGAGAUUUUUAAUGUUUUAGCUAGAAGGAUUUUCGAGGCUAUACAAGAUGGGACUGUAGUGGUAGGCAAUGGUUGGGAUGGCGUAAAGAAAGGGGAUGAAAUCCCUAAAGAGCUUUCAAGUCGGGUUAAUCUACAGCAAAAGAAAAUAUCAGACACAAAGGACAAUGGUGGGGGUUGUUGCAAGUAAAAAUUAUUUUAAAAAAUAACUAUUAUUAUAAUAAUAAUGAUGACUUACUGUCAUUUAGUUGUAAAGAUUUAUAUAUAAUGGAAAGUGUAUCAUAUAUUAUUCGUUAUUAUUAUUAUUUCUUAUUAUUAUUAUUAUUAUUAUUAUCAAUGCCAUGCAAUUGUAUUUUAUUAUGUAUGGAGUUUAGAGUUUUAAUAAUUGAAA